AUGUCAAAUCAAUUCUCAGAAAACCUCGAUAGUUCACAAGUUUCUCUUUACGCUCACGUUUAUGAUAAACGUAUAGAAUUCAAAAAUUUGCAUAACCAAUCAUCCAUCUGGGAUGAAAUUCUGCGAUUAAACCAAGAAACGGGUGGCUCAUGGACCCAUGAACAAGCCAUUCAGCUUGCACUACAUCCGCAACUUGACUUGGACCCUGAUCCAAUGUUGCGUCGUGAUCAAGCGACUAACGAUACAUUUGUCAAACCUACACAUAGAAAAUUGAAAAAGAAAAAACGAAAGCUUAAUUCGUAUGAAGUUGAAUUGGAGGACGCCAAACGUGUCAAACUUGAAAAGAUGAUGUUUAUGAUGGACGAUCGUGUUGGCAAGGAAUUCAUUCCAAAGUAUAAUCAAAUAAAAUACUUCCGCAAGCAAGAGAGUGAAGUUACUGAAACUAAUCAGCAUUUAGCUGAUAAUAAAGAGUAUCCUCUUUACACUUUGGUCUACAUAUAUCGUGAUAAUAAUGACAAAUAUGAAGUCAUUGUUCAUGCGGUCAAAGGAAAUGAUAUGCAGGAACAUGGAGACCAUACAUCAUCCUUAUGUUCAAGAUAUCUUUCUAAACUUGAUGAUAAUUAUGAAACGUUCGUUAAAUCAUUUGUUGUCUUAUAUAUGAUGAACAAUAAAUUGUUGGACGAUUCUGAGCGGUCCAAUAAAAUUUAUGCCGAAAAAAUUGUUCGAUUAGCAGAGGAAUAUUCUCAAGAAUCAAAUCAAAAUGAAUUAUUUAAUAAUCAUAGCAUUGAUAAGAGUGAACCUUACCAAAUACUAGAGCUUCUUACUAAACAAUCCACACCUGAAAUCAAAUCUUCCACGUUUGAAUACACUAACGAAGAUGGUACAAAGGCUGAAAUUACAUCAAUUUCUGAUCUCUACACGGCAGCCGUAAUCAAAAGACAUGCUGAAGAAUCGUCACCCGUUAUAAAACAACAACAAAUGGUUGCCCAGGGAUCAACUCCAAUGCAAAUAUCACAAAAUCCCCAAUCUAUACAACCACCACAAACUCGUCCACAAAUUCCAAACCGUCCAAUAGUUCAGAUGACAUCUCCACAACCUCCGAUGCAAGGAAUGAUUCGACUUCCAAAUCAACAGAUGCCUGCUCAACCACAAACCCCAAAUCAAAUGCCAAUAAAUGUUCAAAUGCCUACUCAGCAAGCAGUUCAGAUUACAUCACCAAUGGUAAUUCAUCAACCAAGGCAAGGUAUUACAACAAACCAAGUUGUACAGCCUUCUAACCCUGGAAAAAUACCUCCACCUAAAAUGGUAAUGCAACUACAACAAACAAUGUCUCCUCAACCAUCAAGACAACCACCAAACCAAAAUCCUGUUAUUGUUCCUGCACAACAAAAUCAAAUAUCUGCUCAAAAGAAUCCCAUUAAAGUGUCAAAUCAGAUACAAUCUACUUCUCAGUCAACACCUGGAACUCCUUUGCAAUUACAGGAACAAACACAAGUCCAUCCUGUACAAAGAUCUCCGAGAACUCCAAUGAAAUCUCCUGCACCACCCUCAAGAACAUCUGCUCCUUCAACACCUAUGCCAUCAGCUGAACAAGUUCAAAUUACACAACCCUCACAACGAUCAGCACCAAAUACACCUAUGCAAUCUCCUGGACAAAUUCCAGGCCAAUCUCCUAUCGUAAUAACACCUAGACCAGUAACAAGUCAACAUCCAAUUCAUAAUGAAAUACAACUAGCUUCUGCACAAAAUACUCCACAACCAAACCAAAAUAUCACUCUUAGUAAUGGAAGAGUAAUUCCUUAUCAUCAGUAUUUAGUAUUACUUCGAAGGCACCAACAGGCUGCUCAAGCACAAUUAUCUGGUCAGAUACGUGGACAGGUUCCCAAUCAGCUAGUGAAUCAAGUAACUAAUCCUACAGUGAUUCAGAGACGAUUCACACCUCAAGUGCAAGUUGGUAACUCGCAACAGCAAGUUGAUAUGAUGAUGGCAACGCAACAGCAAAUAAUAGGCAAUAAUCAAAGUGUCAUGGUUCAGCAGCAAUUUCCCAUAAAUCAACAACAAUUGCAAGGGGUGAUUUCAGAGCAAACACCACAAUUGCAAUUGAACAUACCUCAAAUGGUACUUUACAGAGCAAUGCGUCCAAAUGUUGUUCAACGACAACAAGUUACGCAGCAACAAAUGACUCUCAAUACACAACCAUUUGUUCAAAAUAAUAAUCAAUGGAUUUUUCCACAACGACCGUGGAAUGGAA